CAGGUUGCAGACAAGGGGCACAUCCCCAAUCAAGCAUUUUUAUAUUUUGAUAGGAAAGAAUUUGUUUAUUUUGUUUAGGUUUUCCGAGCCACGUGGAGGAAUAGAAAAUAGGAAAAAGGAAAAAGAGAAAUGAGAAAUGUGAGGUAGAAAAUGAGGAAAAUGUGGGAAGAGACGAGGUUCAAAGUCUGAAGAAGCCAAGAGCGCGUAUUUGUUUGCUAUAUAUACAAUAUAAGAAGAGAGGUUGGGUCUUGGUGGAUUUUCCAAUUGCCGCAAUAAUAUAGCUUUUGAAUUGUUUGGGCGUGGAAGGGAAAUUGAUGAUUUUUAAUGUAAAAAGGAGGGUCUCUGUCAGCAAUAUCAGGGGUUGAAAUUGAAACGGUUUUUGAUUUUAACCCUGCAAAGAGCCUUCCUUUGCGGUUUUUCUUUUUGAGAAGGCUCUUUGUGGUUGUUGUUUCUGAGGAAGAAAAUGAUGCGGUUAUGGAUUUCUUAUCUGCAAUUGCUGGAGCUGUUUGUCAGUUCCUUGGUUCAUUUGCUUUAUGGGUUUUACAUAUUUAGCACCGCUGUUGCUGGGGACCUGUCACAGGCUCUCAAUGAAUAUUUUCGCAAGCCUAACGUCGAGGAUGUUGAGGUCAAACAUGGAACUUCCAAGGCCAAUGCUGAUGAUCUUCCUCCUAUUGUGUUGGUUCAUGGGAUUUUUGGAUUUGGCAAAGGGAGAUUGGGAGCUUUGUCGUACUUUGGUGGGGCGGAGAAGAAAGAUGAUAGAGUUCUUGUCCCUGAUUUGGGCUCUCUCACCAGUAUCUAUGACAGGGCUCGAGAAUUGUUCUAUUAUUUAAAAGGCGGGCAAGUUGAUUACGGUGAGGAGCAUAGCACGGCCUGUGGACACUCGCAAUUUGGAAGAAUCUAUGAACAAGGGCAUUACCCUGAAUGGGACGAGGAUCACCCUAUUCAUUUUGUUGGACACUCAGCAGGUGCACAAGUUGUUCGUGUCUUGCAACAAAUGCUUGCUGACAAGACAUUCAAGGGGUAUGAAAACAGUUCAGAGAACUGGGUAUUAAGUAUCACCUCCUUAUCUGGAGCAUUUAAUGGGACUACAAGAACAUACACAGAUGGCAUGCAGCCGGAAGAUGGGAAAACAUUGAAACCUAUUUGCCUGCUACAGCUUUGCCGCAUUGGAGUGAUUAUAUAUGAUUGGUUUGACAUUGCCUGGCUGAAGAACUACUACAAUUUUGGGUUUGAUCACUUUAACAUGUCAUGGAGAAAGAUGGGUCUAUGGGGUCUUGUCGAUUGUCUAUUGGGGAAUGCGGGUCCAUUUGCUUCAGGAGAUUGGAUCCUCCCUGAUCUUACAAUUCAAGGCUCUAUAAAACUCAAUUACCACCUACAAACGUUUCCUAACACAUACUACUUCAGCUAUGCUACCAAGCGCACAACGAAGAUCAUGGGCGUUACAGUUCCUUCAAGCAUACUUGGAAUUCACCCCAUGCUGUUCCUAAGAGUUCUGCAGAUGAGCCAGUGGUGUUUUCCUCCAGAUGUUCCUCCCCCUUACAAGGGAUACAGGGAUGAGGACUGGCAAGACAAUGAUGGAGCACUAAACACAAUAUCCAUGACUCAUCCUCGCCUACCAAUUGAACACCCCAACUGCUUGGUUGAGAAGGAAUCAGACUGCAAACCUUUACAACCUGGCAUCUGGUACUACACAUAUGUGAAGGGUGAUCACAUACUAUUCAUUAUCAAUCGGGAGAGAGCAGGAGUGCAGUUUGACUUAAUCUAUGACAGUAUUUUCGAACGGUGUAGGAAACACGUCUUUAGGAAGAAGCCUCCAACAAUGCCGAAUGAAAUCAGCCAUUAGCACAUAAUUCUAUACUCUCCUUCAUUCAACUAAAAGAGACAUAUUCACCUUUGUAAAUGUAAAUAUUUUCCCAGCUUUUCACCUCAGUUUUAUGCCACCAUUCUGUAUUUUGUAGGAUUGUGUGAUAUGUAUCAGAGGCCAUAGUCAAUAGAAUAUCACAAUCACUAUAGUGUACACAAUUGUUGUCUCAGUAUAAAUACCACAAUUUGUUCAAAUUUUAAUUUUCAAA